GGCGAAUGGCUUUCAUGAUGAUGAAGAAGAAGAAGUUCAAGUUUAAGGUGGACUUUGAGCUGGAGGAGCUCUCCUCGGUGCCCUUUGUCAACGGAAUCCUCUUCUGCAAGAUGCGGCUGCUGGACGGGGGCAGCUUCUGCGCCGAGUCUUCCAGAGAGGUGGUGCAAGCAAACUGUGUUCACUGGAGAAAGAAGUUCUCAUUUAUGUGCAAAAUGAGUGCGAGUGCUGCUACAGGCAUUCUGGAUCCUUGCAUCUACAGGGUCUCUGUGAGGAAGGAAUUAAAAGGUGGAAAGGCUUAUGCAAAGCUGGGCUUUGCAGAUCUAAACCUAGCAGAGUUUGCUGGAUCAGGAAAUACCACUCGUCGCUGUUUACUAGAAGGUUAUGAUACCAAAAAUACAAGACAAGAUAAUUCUAUUCUUAAAGUCUUGAUAAGCAUGCAGCUCAUGUCUGGUGAUCCCUGUUUUAAAACACCUCCAUCCACAUCUAUGUAUAUACCGAUUGCUGGUGAAUCUGAAUCUCUACAUGAGGAUCGGAAGGGUGGAGAGACUCUCAAAAUCCAUCUUGGGUUGUCAGAUCUUUCGGCAAAGAGUGCUUCUGUUCCAGAUGAACUUGGUGCCUGUGGACACUCCAGAACAUCAAGCUAUGCAAGCCAGCAAUCAAAAGUAUCAGGUUAUAGUACAUGUCACUCCAGGUCAUCCAGUUUCUCUGACCUCUGCCAUAAGAGAAAUGCUUCAGUAGGAAGUACAUCAACAGGAAUUGAAAGUAUCCUGGAGCCAAGUGAUGAUACUGAACCAAAAGUUGAUCUUAAUCCUGAUGUACCUAUUAAACAAGAUGGGGAUGAAUCAUCAGAAAAACUCAACAGGCACCCUGUGAAGCAAGAUUCUGUGGAAUCCCAACUAAAACGUGUUGAUGCUACCAGAGUGGAUGCAGAUGAUAUUGUGGAAAAAAUAUUGCAAAGUCAAGACUUCAGCUUGGACUCCAGUGCAGAAGAAGAAGGACUGAGGCUGUUUGUGGGUCCAGGAGGGAGUACAUCUUUUGGCAGUCAUCACCUUCCAAAUAGAGUGGGAUCUGGUGCAUAUGAGCAAGUCGUGAUCAAACGCUAACAUGGAGCUUUCCUGUGGAUUUCAGAGUUGAUCAUUGGGUUUCUUUCCCCAAACUCCUGUGAGAAAAUGCACAGAAGAUGAUGAAUUGGAUUCUUCUUUGAAAAGGAAAACGAACAUUGGUUUGUCUUGUUCAUCUCAAAGUGCCUCUUGUGCCAUGAAAGGACCCUUCAGCAUGGUAGUACAAGGCAUCAUUACACACGAGGGCCAUGUGUGGGCAAAAGUUGCAAAUGUACAUAUUAGUGAAAUACUUGCUUUUUACCUAGAAAACAUCCUAUCUUGGGAAGGAGAAAAAGAAUGCUAUAUAUUUUAAGUGUCGUUUCUAUAUGUACAUUCACAAUCAGUGAUCAUUACUAUAUUUGGAAUUUGGCUGUAAGAAGUUCCUCUUUUUAACUGACAAACAUUUGUGAAUCCAAUUUAUAAAUUAUUCCUAUAUUAAUACAGUUUUUUUCAAGGAACUCUUCCUAUAUACUACCUAUAAUAUCACUACCAAAUUGUCAUCACUUUUCCAGGCAGUACUUAAUUUAAAAUAUGGAUUUAUGCUUUUAGGGGGAAAAUGCUUCUCUGAUCUAAAAAUACCUUUUUGUUAUUAGGUCUAAAUUUAUCAAACAUAAAUAUGCCUUCAGUACUCAGGAACAGGUACAUAAAAAUUAAGUUAAGUAAUUAGGAUUGGCACCAUCAAAUGGAAUUCUUGUAUAAAAUAUUGCUCCUGUUUGCUAAUAGCUAUGGAAAAGCUAUGGGCACUGCCACUCUGGAAUUGUUUCCAAAUAAGCUUUUAAGUUUAACAUCCAAUAUAUUAGGCCACCAGAAGUCACCUUGACCCAGCCAGGAGUUCAUUUAUCUCACAGAAUGAUGGAAUCUACUGUUUUAGGUACAAAAAUCUGUCAUCUCAGUGGAGCCUGGAUGGCCUUUGGCCCUAAAGUUCAGCUCUAUGUGAGCCUAGAAAAUGAAUCCAACAUGGCACAGCAUAAAGCAAAGCAGACCAGCCACUGCUCGGCAUUGAUGACAUGGAUGUGUUUCUUCUAUCAGCUCUCUGUGGUCAGGUAUUAUUUUUCCUUAAAAUGCCCAAAGGUGCCUUGAGAAAAAAGAGGCUAAGGAGAACCACAUCAAAGAAUACAGAGACUAUGCAGCCAACUUCCACUUAAUUAUGGGAUAUGAGUCAUUUCUAAUGGGCACAGGGGGAGCAGUUGACACUGCAGUAUACAUGUUAGAACUUCACCUUUUUCAUUCUGGGUCAUUUAAUCACUGUAACAAAAUGUUAAUUCUUGAUGCGUAAUUCCAAGCCUCUUAACUCUCAGACCUGACAUGCUAUGUUCAAGAAAGGCAUUGCAUUAAAAUGUCUGGAAAUAGAAUUUUUUAGCAAAACUAUUUUCAUUAUUUAGACUAAAUUAGGGAGCAAUUAUAAUAUUUAUUUAAAUGAAAGCCAUUUUUAAUAUUCAAGUUUUAUUUUUAACAUACUAUAUAGAGGUUUAGAACAGUUAUAAUAGCAAAUGUUGGGACUUAACUGUUUUUCUGAUGUUCCAUUGUUUCAUAUAUGUAUUCUUUGGCGCAUUGCUAUUUUUAAAUGUAGGACUUGAGCUGGAGGGGGUUGGGGGUGGGAGAGGGUAGGCAGAUGGAACUAGGCUUGUGAUUUCAUUAGUUUAGGAAAUUCUUGGAAUCAAUAUUCAUCCUGCCAAAGCAUAUUAAAAUAAAGGGAAGGUAAUAUUUAUUGAAGAAUACUUAGAAUGAUAACAGUUUGGGUUACCAGAAUCAUUAUUUAGAAAUUCUUUUGGAGAAGCAAUCAUUGAGAAUUAAUGAAAAAAAGCUUAUUUUAAAGGAGAUAAAAAGUUAUUUGCAAACACUUAAUACAGACUGCCCCAUAUAUUAUAGAAAUCAUUGUAAAAAAUAAAGGACAAUUUUAAUAGAGAGCCAAAAAUAUUGUUUUAAAAAGAACUAUUUCUUAAUGGCAUAACACUGAGAAACAUAUUUUUCUAUUACCCAAAUAUUGUUUCUAGGUUAUAUUUUUUAUUGGAGUUACAAAUGUUGGCUUUGUUGUAUGAAGAUGAGAGCCAGAAUGUGUUUCCAUAGUGCAAUACUAUUUUAAAAUAACAAUAGUGUGGAGAGAAAUGGAAAAACUAAAAAUCAUAUUUUUAUUUUAAAAAUAUAAUAGCUAUCAGUAAAUCUUGCUCUUAGAACUGUCAAAUACAAAGUUGAAAAAAUGUUUUAGUGAAUAUAAGCAUUAAUUAGGAGAGGGAGAAAGCACUUGUAAGGAAGUGCCUUUAGAAUAUGAAUUCAAUGACAGACUAUUACAUCAUUUUAUUUCUCUUUCAUCUUCCAUUAGUAUUGCAUUCAUGGAGUUUUUAAAAAAAACUUUCUCCAGUAUUGGUAUAAAUUUUGUAUUAUUUAAUGUUUUGAUUAAACAGCUGCAUUCCCUUUCUAGUUUUAUUCACCUAGAGCUCCGGUUGCCUCAGAACAUCAUAGUAGUCAAGUAUUUUUGAAGUCACAAGUUUAACUUUAUUCUAACUUACAAUUAGAAAAUCUAAUUAUAAGAAUUAUUUGCAGUUUUAAUAGAUUUUUAAACAUACAAGAAAAAUUCAAAUACUUAGAACCAAAGAAGUUUUAAAAAUCUGAAAGAGGGAAAUAAUGUUUUUCUUUUUUUCUGAUUCUGUCCCAAAGAAGAGCAUUAGGAUAUUCUUAAGGAAUAUAAUUAUAUCUUAAAAUAUUGGGGCAAAGCAUCAGUAAAGAUGAGGGGAAAAACUAUAAGGAUAUGUUUCAGAGGAAUGUAUCUGUAGAUGUCAGUCUGAAUGCCCAUUUUCACAAGGCCAAGUAUGGUUCCCCCAAAUCAGAAAAGAUCUGAAAAAACACAUGGAAUACUCUUUCUAAUCUGGCAAAGUUUCUAGCAGGACAGAAUGGACCCCAAACACUAAUGCCUCUCAGUUGAGCUCAUUCCAAGGAAACACCAACAAUAAUAUUAAUACCCAAACUGGUUUCCUCUAAGAAUGCUUUGCUUUUAUGUACUAGGAGAAGCAAGCACAGAGGACAGUAAAAUCAAAGAUUUAGAGUUGGACAGAACCUUAAAGUUCAGUUACAUCAUUUUACAGAUGAGGAAACCAAAGUCCAAGAGGUUGUGGCAUCAUCAAGGUCACACACUCAGCAUCUGAACCAGGUCCUCUGGCUCCAAGAAUACCAGAAGCCUUUAAAUUUAACCUAAUAGUAGCUUAAAUGGAGUAAACAUCCCAGCAGACUCCAGUGAAAACACACUCAAAUAAGCUAACAUUGAAUGUCUUCCAGAUGGUCAGUGAAAUAAUCUGGAUUUAAUUACAAACAUUUGAGUCAAUGUGGUGUUAGUAAAACAGAAUAGGAGUCAGGAGACAGAGAGGUUUUUAAUCCUGGCCUUGCAAAUCAUCUUCCUCUCUGGGUAUCAGUUUGUGUGUAAAAUGAAUAACUGGACAAAGAGGCCUCUGAGGUUUGAGAUUCAAAUAUCUAUUUUGAAUUUCCUUUGUUGCAAAACUUGGUAACCAUGUUCAAAGCUGAUAAGGUACUGAACAAUUUAGUGCAGAUUGUUCUUACUGACUAGUUUAAAGAGCUCUGAAGCAGUUCUGAUUAUGUAAUAACGCUGAAGUAUGAGGCUUCCAGAAUACAGUAAUACCACUCUCAUUGAUGAGAUGCUAUUGGAGUUUAUCUCUUUCUGAGAAGGUUUUUUCACAUAGUUCUUUAAGUCUGACAUGAUCUUUAUAGCAACUAGUGAUUGUUCCCUGCCAUCAAGGAAUGAUAACAUUGUCCAUUACUCUUUCUAUGGGAUGGUGCUUCAUGUGUAAAGUCUCUAAUUUGAUUAUGAUUUUCUUCUGCCCUAACAUUUUUCUAGAUACAGUGUAUAACUCAAUAGUUUAGUAGAGGAAGAAGAAGCACCUCUAUUCAAUGUGAAUUUUUGUUUAUUCAGUUAACAAAAUCAUUGUUAGUUGUUCAUUCUUGACAAGAAAUUCCUAGCCUCUUACUCUCAGAUCUGACACAGUGUCCAUGAAAGGUUUGCAGGUACAAUGUACCUACAUUAUGAGUAAUUAAAUAAAGCAGUCUAUUAAAACAUUUAAAAUGCACUAAUGAAAUGGACAUAUAGAAAAACCUACCUUAAGAGACCACCCCAAGAAUAUUCCCUAAUUUUGGAAUUUUCCUAUUUAAGAUGGCAUGGUAAGCAUUAAAUAUUUAUUUGGCUGGUCAGCCAGUUUCCUUAAAGUCCAAAACUGGCAAAGGCCUUAUACUUUGUUUCCAGAUUUCUGUGGUUAUCUUCUAUUAUAAAAACCCAGAAAUAAUCUUGCCAAUUUUGGUGGAAUUUACAUGAGAAGGCACUUUGUACCUAUUCCAUUUGGUUAAUUCUUUGGAAAUCAAUACAGUGAGCAUCCCCUUCCUCUUGAAGGUUGGUUCAGUCUGUGGAAAGAAACACACAGACGAACCCAAAGAGGUAGAUGUGUUUUAUUGAUUGUGAAAAAUUUCAUCAAUAAAUAUAUAUAUAUGUGUGUGUAUUUUUAUGAAGUGAAUCCAUAAGUAUUCUGCUGUGAUACUUGGAGAAUGACCUUCAUAUUUAAAUAUCAUACUCUUUUGCUUAAACUAUACAAUGACAAAUUCAGGAAAAUGUAAUUUUUUAAGCUGAUUUUUUUUUAUUGUAAAGUAUUUGUAAUAAUGUAAAAGUAAGUCUUACAAAUGUUCAAUAAAAAUCAUGUCUUAAA